AUGGAGAAAAUGGAAAGAUCAUAUUUUCGUCGAAUAUAUGAAAUUAUUUCUUCUGUAAUAAUUUCACCUCGUUAUACGGAUACUUCUGACUCCACUUCCGAAGAAGACCAACCGCAAGUACAAUAUCAUAAUCAUCAUUAUCGAGAAAAUCCUUUAUUACAAACGUCUCCUCGAAAUGAUGAAUUAAUAUCAUUAGAAUAUGAUCCUUGUCUGAAUUGUGCUGACCCUUGUUCAACUCACCCUGGUUACCCUUCUUACUUAAAAAUCGAUUAUCGAACACCAUUAGAGGGUACAGUUAAACCCUACGUAAAACAUGUUUUAAUAUCUACGGGUAAAUCAGAUUGGUCAACUUAUAUAGAAGAUGAAUGUGGUAGUUUGGCAGCUCAUUUACAUAAAGUAAUAAAAAAUUCUUUUAAUGAAAAACCUCGUAUAGUUAUUACGAAUAGUAGUCGCCUAAAUACUGAUAAUAAUGGAAAAGGAAGUGAUGUUUUAUUAUUUCCUGAUAAUAUUCUUAUUAGAAAUGUGACACUUAAACAAGCAUCAGAAUUUUAUAAAAAAUUUUUAUCAUCAAAUUUAUCUAAUGGUAAUGGUGGUAAUGGUGACGGUGUCAUUACGGAUGAAAAAGAACAACAUAAUAAUAUUAAAUUUAUCACAGAACCAAUGCCAUAUAAAGCAGUUAUUGUAAUAUGUUCACAUAAACGAAGGGAUAAACGGUGUGGUAUUACAGGACCUUUAUUGAGAGAUGAAUUUAAUAAAGUAUUGAAAGAAAAAGGAUUAGAUGUAGAAUCACAUCAAAAUGAAGGUGUGGCUGUAUUUUUGAGUAGUCAUACAGGAGGUCAUAAAUUUGCUGGUAACGUGAUAGUUUAUCGUGAUGGACAAGGUAUUUGGUAUGGUCGAGUCGUUCCAUGUCAUGCUAAAACUAUAAUAGAAACAACAGUUCUAGAAGGAAAAGUAAUUCAAGAAUUAUAUCGUGGUUCAAUGAAUGGUAGUUUUGCUCCAGGUAGAGGUGGAAAAUUGGAUUGGUAA